AGCGCGUCGCACUUCUCAGUUCUCUGCAAUGGCCGACGAAGCUCCUCUUCUUCUUCGCUACGACUCCGCCGAGAACCAAAAUGAACUCGGCGGAAAGAGGCCGCCGCCGCCGUCGAUGUCAACCGUAGAUGAGACUCUCGAGAGCUAUAUGGGCGUCUGCCAACUCCUCCAAGCCAUUUUCGUCGCCUUCGCGUGGGCUUUCGACGCCCAGCAGACCUUCAUCAACGUCUUCACCGACGCCGAGCCUACGUGGCACUGCACUUCAGCUGGCGACUCCGACUCCGCCGCCUGCUCCGCCUCCACCCCUUGUGGCCUUCCUCCAGGCUCCUGGGUCUGGGACUCCCCCGCCCACGCUUCGGUGGUGUCGGAGUGGAGCCUCCAGUGCGCGGGCUCCGCCCUCGUCGGUCUCCCAGCCUCCGCCUACUUCUUAGGCUGCCUAUUCGGCGGCUUCCUCCUAUCGACGCUGGCGGACUCUGUUCUCGGCCGGAAGAACAUGCUCUUCCUCUCCUGCUUCACCAUGUCCCUCUCCGCCGCUCUCACGUUGGUGUCGCCCAAUCUCUGGGCCUACGCGGCGAUGAGGCUCCUCUGCGGGUGCGCGCGCGCCACCGUCGGCACCUCCGCGCUGGUGCUCUCGACGGAGAUGGUUGGGAAGCGGUGGCGGGAGAAGGUCAGCAUCGCCGGCUUCUUCUUCUUCACUCUCGGCUUCCUAUCUUUGCCGGCCAUGGCUUACCUCAACCGCGGGGCGUCGUGGAGAAGGCUCUAUCUCUGGACCUCCGUCCCCUGUUUCUUCUACUCUGUUCUGAUAUAUUUCUGGAUCAAAGAAUCGCCGCGGUGGCUUCUGGUGCGCGGCCGCCGCGACGAGGCCAUUCAAACGAUUAAGAGCAUGACGGCGAACAAUCGCAACGCCAUCACCUCCAGCUUCUCGAAAUUGAUCGUCGCAGAGGACGCCGGCGACUUCGACAACGUCUUCUCCGCCUUGAAAGUGCUAUGGGUUAAAAGAUGGGCACUUCGCCGGCUACUCGCCGCCAUGACCGUCGGCUUCGGCCUCGGGCUGGUCUACUACGGGAUGCCGCUCAACUUGGGCAACCUCGGCUCCGAUCUCUACCUCAGCGUGACGCUUAACGCGCUGGCCGAGCUGCCCUCGUCGCUGGCCACCCUCUUCCUCGUCGGCAGGGUGAACCGGCGGAGCUCCACGGUUGCGUUCACCACCGCAAGCGGGGCGCUCAGCCUCCUGUGCGUGGCGGUGACGACGGAGCCGUGGCGGACAGCGGCCGAGGUGUCGUCCUUCUUCGCCGCCUGCACGGCCUUCGACCUCCUGCUCAUCUACUGCAUCGAGCUGUUCCCGACGUGCGUGAGGAACUCGGCGAUCACGAUGGUGAGGCAGACGAUCGUGCUGGGCGGCGUGUUCGCCCCUGUGCUGGUGGCGGAGGGGAGGAAGAGGAGCUUCCUGUCGUUCGGCGUGUUCGGCACGGUGGUGGGUUGCUGCGGGCUGUUCACGGCGUGCCUGCCGGAGACGAGAGGGAGGAGCAUGUGCGACACCAUGGAGGAAGAAGAGUUGAAGCAGAUGAUCAUGAGCACCUCCACGACGACUCCAUGACCGGCCUCAAGUCACGGAGCAUCAGAGAACAAGCCUCAAUCAUUGUGGCAAAAAAGAAAGGUGAAACAUUUGUCCCGCGUUCUCGUCGUACUCGACCCAAGGUCAUCACAAAGGUGCUAAAUCAUAGGUGCUAAAUCAUAGCAUCUGAGCGAGCAUGAAACAAGCCUCAAUCAUGCAAUUGGUAGGGCUAGUUGUAAAUUAGGGUUUUUGUGUUAUUUUGAUAGGUGAUCCGGUCAAGUCGAAUUGAUUUUUAAAUUAAUUAAUUCUUUGAAAU